AAUGGUUAAUAUGCUUUUUUUUUCUUUUCCAGACUUGUCAAGUGUGCCAGAUGAUGCUGCCUAACCAGUGCUGCUACUGUGCUCAUCAAAGAAUCCAUACUCACAAGUCCCCUUACUGCUGCCCAGAGUGCGGGAUACUGUGCCGAUCAGCCCAUUUCCAAACCCAUGUCAAGGAGAAUUGCCUACAUUACUCUCGCAAAGUUGGAUACAGGUGUAUCCACUGUGGAGUUGUCUUUAUGUCGCUAGCAAUGCUGAAAGCGCACAUUCACGAGAAACACUGCGAAGUCUUCCACAAAUGUUCUUUUUGUCCAAUGGCCUUCAAAUCUGCAGACAGUACUACUGCCCAUAUUACUCGCCAGCACCCAGAAGAGCCUCACAAGACUACUCAGGUUAUCUACAAAUGUUCUUGUGAGACUGUCUUUAACAAGAAGAAGCUGCUCCAGGAGCACUUCCAACAGAAUGCCAACAAGCUGUUGGUGGGAGUAUUUAAGUGUCCGCAGUGUCAAUUAGUGUAUAUGCAGAAACAGCAAUUAAUGCAGCAUGUCAAGGCUGUUCAUGGGGUCCCCCCGUAUCCUGAGGAUGUCUCUAACCUUCGACCGAAGCCUCAGACAACAUCCAGCAGUCAAGUUCUUACACCACCAAAGGAGUUGUCAGUAGCCAAUGGUACUUCCCAUACCACUUUGCCAAGGAAGGACACAAGAGUGGAACACAACACAGAAUCAAAACCCAUCUUAAAAAGUGUUGGUUGGACUUGUAGGGAGUGUUCACAAUGGAACCCUGAUCGGGAAAACUAUGUGUCUCAUAUGAAGAAAAUCCAUGGAAAGUCUGUGAAGAGAUAUCCCUGUCGGCAGUGUGAGCAUUCGUUCAACGACUUCAGCAGUCUGGGCAGACACAUUCGCAAUAAUCAUGACACAGCAAAGAAAGUUUAUACAUGCUGGUUCUGCACAGACGAAAAUCAAACAUUUUCUCAGCCUUCCAUGCUGGAGAAUCACAUCAGCCUCAUGCAUGGCAUCAAAAACCCGGACCUGUCCCAGAUGUCCAAAGCAAAAGCUCCAGAGUGUGACUCAACAAAAGCAAAAUCUCCAAAGAGAGUGUCUGCAGAUGCUCUGGGACAGAUGGCAACCACUGAAGCUCCACCAGCCAAAAAACUGAAGACACAUUGGAAAUGUGCUAAAUGUGGAUUUGCAACAGAUAUCAGUACUGAAUUUCAGGAACACAUACCUCAGCACAAGGCGGACAACUCCACUUCUCAAUGCUUGCUCUGUGGCUUGUGUUAUACAUCUCACAUCUCUCUGAACAGACACCUCUUUAUUGUUCAUAAAGUAAAAGAUCCAGUAGAGGAAGAGGAGGAAGAGGAAAGGGAAAAGUUACAAACAGAUACAAAUGAGAAUGGACAUGAAGAGUAUAACAGAGAGACGAACACUACAGUAGAGGAAGAAAAUAGUUUGAAAUGCAAAAUGUGCAAGAGUGACUCAGUGCUUUGUGCACACAGUCAAAGGUGUGGCCUGGAGGAUUCCAGUAGCAGCUCUCAGAACAAUCAUUCAAAUGCUACUAAGAUUUAAGAAAAGAACAUUUUUUACUCAGAAUACUGGGUGGAUGUGGGGCAGAUCUUUGAAAUAUCCUGUUUAUUUCUUGGGCUGGACUGUGCUUUCUAUUAACUUUUAAUUUGUAAGGGAAAUAAAAACUGCUUCCACCUCCAUAGCACUGAAUCUCUGCCAGAUCAGAAGUGAAAAGAGAGAGCAAGACAAGAUAACCCACUGGAACUUGUCUAACUCCUAAGGAUGCAGGAGCACUUUCUGAAGCUGCAGUUUUCUUUCUGAAAAUGAGCUCUCUUCCUUUGAGCGUGUAUCGCCUCUGCCUGGAGCCCCAGCCUCGCCUCCUUUUUUUUAGUUUUCUUCUAGUAUUUAUGGCUUAAAUUCAUCUUCUAACUUUCCACUUUUAUCACUCAAAUCCAUAAGACUUUGGGUCAACCAAAUAACACUUGUCAGGACAGUACGAACCUGUGUUAAAUUCUUUUCCAUCAUGCAGCAGGUGCAAACCAUGGCUUUUGUGUAGGCUACACAGUGCUGUUUCAUUGCCCUAGCACAGGGGUGGGCAAACUUUUUGGCCCAAGGGCCACAUCUGGGUAUAGAAAUUGUAUGAUGGGUCAGGA